CCAGGAGGCGGCACAGAGGUGACCACGGGGGCGGUAGGUGGAGCGAACCUGAGCGGAGGUUCCCAGUGUAUCGCGCUACAUCCCGCUGUAUACUGUGACUACAGGUGACAUAUAGAAAGGAAGCGCUCUAGCCGUCAUACAGGAAACCGUAGUGUAAGCGACAGGAAGCGGGGGCUACACCGCCAUACACGGCCAGGUCCAGGCAGACGUGCCAGGCUCUGCUGGGCGCUAUCCUGUGGGUCAUGGAUCAUCAGUACCUUCAGGCUGCCAGCCGGUACCAAGUGCUAGAGAAUGAGGACGACUCCUCGGAAACCCCUGCAGUAGAGCAGCCAUCAACCUCAACACAGGCUUCUCAGGCUUGCCAGACCACAGCUGCUUCUGCAGCAGAUACGUCUCCACCGCCUUACAGCAGUAUCGUGGUGGACAAUGGUGUGGACAAUGAAGCACAUGAUGAAUACUACCCCGUACCACCUCCUUAUAGUGUUGCCACCACUCUCCCAACAUAUGACGAAGCUGAGAAGGCUAAAGCUGCAGCAAUGGCUGCUGCCGCAGCGGAAGCGGCGCAGAGGCACGGCCAAAUUAGAGAGUCUAGAAGUCUGUUUGAUGAAAUAUUCCUCAGUCCUUCAGAGGAAGAAGAAUACCCUCCACGAGAUGACUUCAGUGAUGCGGACCAGUUGAGAGUCGGGAAUGAUGGAAUCUUUAUGCUGGCUUUCUUUAUGGCGUUCAUUUUCAACUGGAUCGGAUUCUGUCUAUCCUUCUGUAUAACCAACACAAUUGCCGGACGCUAUGGCGCAAUCUGCGGCUUUGGAUUAUCACUCAUCAAGUGGAUUUUAAUUGUGAGGUUCUCUGACUACUUUACUGGCUAUUUCAAUGGACAGUAUUGGCUGUGGUGGAUAUUUCUUGUACUCGGCAAAAACAAGCAGACAUUCCUUUCUUUAUCCAAUGUGAAUCAAGAAGGUGUAGAACAUGCCAGAGUGAUAGAUAGAAGACUACUAAGCAAGAAAAUGAGUUACUUGGUAUCCAGCAGCUCUGGAUGUUUCAUACAGUUCUCAAAAGUCUCGUAAAUAUAUCCUUUAGGGUACUUCACGCAUUGAUAACUCGCAGCAGGUUUCCCGCAACGGUAAAUCUGCUGUGAGCUUUGCUUCCAGUGAUUUCAACGGGUCAGUGGAAAAUCGGCCACUAUUGCAGAUUUUCGGUUGGACCCAUUAUAGUCAGUGGUAGCAAAACUUGCAGCGGAUUUCCAGCAGCGGGAAAUCCGCUGCGAGUUUUCAACAUGUAUAUGUACCAUUAAGAUUGCACAUUUGCCAAAUGGAAGGUUUUCCAAAUCCUGUACAUGACAGACCAUUAUUUUUUUUUUAUGCAAAAAAAAAAUGUAUAAAAAAAAUUGCCAUGUAGCAUGUUAAACCUGACUUGUUAAAACACAUUACUAAGUGUUGUACUGCAUAUGUUUUUUUUUUUUUUUUUUUUUUUUUUUUUUUUAUUAUUACAAUUCUUAGCAAAUAUUUGGAGUAUUAAAGGGGUAUUCCCUUCUCUUAAUGUGAUGACAUAUCAGUAAGACAUGCCAUCGCCUCAUAACGGGAUCUCACCUGUAGGAUUCCUGAGAAUUAAGGGGCCAGAGGCCUGAUUCACCACUGCAGACCUGUGCACCGCUGUGCGGAAAGAUGCUGCUGACUCAUUCACUUAAAGGGGCAUUCCGGCUUUAUACAUCUUAUCCCCUAUCCAAAGGAUGGGGAUAAGAUGUACGAUCGCAGGGAUCCCGCCGCUGGGGACCCCCACUAUCUCGGUGCAGCCCCCGGCACUCUGUGUUGGCCGCUGCUUCAGAGACGGGGAAGUGACGUCACGGCCACGCCCCCCAGUGGUGCUAUGCCCCUCCAUUCAUGUCUAUGGGAGGGGCAUGACAUCACUAGGAGGCGUGUCUGUCACGUUACGCUCUUGGAGGCAGUGCCCGGCAAAGAGUGCCGGGGGCUGCAGCGAGAUUGCAGGGAGUCCCCAGCGGCGUGACCGCUGCAAUCGUACAUAUUAUCCCCUAUCCUUUGGAUAGGGGAUAAGAUGUAUAAAGCAGGAAUACCCCUUUAAAGGCAAAGGUGCCUCAGGUCUCCUGCACAGUGGGGGAUCUAGGACAUCUCUGUACAAGAAAAAUCUAUGAAGUAGCUACAGCACGGAAUCAACCCUGUGGCCCUUCAUUUUCAGGUUUGGUGAAGAUCUCAGAGGUCAGUCUCCCACCGUUCAUAAAGUGAUGGCAUAUUUUAGUGAUACACCAUCGUUUUAUGAGGGAAAUAUCUCCUUAACUGAUUUAAGCUGAUUAAACAUUUUUAUAAUUUUUUUUUUGUGCAUAUGACUUUAGCAUGAAUAGUUUUUUCCGAACAAAAGGAAAAAAGAGGCACAAUUAUUUUGCUGAGAAAAAGACUUUACUCGUUGUAAAUAUGCAUCUUCACAUGACUAUAUUUGGCAAGUUCAUUAUAGCUAAGCACUAUGUUAAUGAAGUUAAUUUAAAUCUGAAUAAUAUAUGUCUAUUUUUACUAACAUUUAGCUUUUUGUUUUGUUUUUUUUAUAAAUGAAUAGAACAAAGGUUCUUGAUACACGCUGUUAAAAAUGUGCCAUACAAUCCCUUGUGGUCUCAUCAGGUUCUAUCAUUGUCUUGUGAUCUGUCAUUGUCUAAUCUGAGCAAUGGUUGAACAAACAGAUGAAACGAAUGGCCUGAAGAAAGCAUCAGCAGGUCUUUGGUUUCAGAAUGAUGAGCGAGGUCAACGCAGCGUCUUCACUUUAUACCAAGUGUCUUUGGAAUAUCUCGCUACUAUAUCAUGGACACAAUGUAUUUGCCAACGUAACCAUCUUCUUUACCCGCUAAGAUAUUUAACCAGUAUGUAGUAGUAGCCUUUCUAAUUUUAGCUGACAUGUUCACUUUCCAAGUGCCAAUGAAAAUAGCUUUGUCCGCUGCUCAAGGAAAAUCAGAGGGGUGCACAGCUAGACUAGUAAGGAAGGGGUUAAAUAAAAUGAGAGCCUAUGUGAUCAACUUACGCACUCCAAAUUUUUAACCAUAUUCUAAAUGACUAUUUAUCAAAGUGAAAACUUAACGGGCAGACUGAUCAAAUUGUAAAGCGUCUGUUUAGUAGCCUGAUGGGGAUAAUAGCGGCAGCACAUAGCAAUACUCUGUAAUCUAAUAUGCAGUAGCAAGGAGCAGUGUGCAUUGUGUCCUCUGUAAGGACAAACGUGUCUUCAUUAUUUAUUUAUCAUUUUAGCAGUGUUUUUAUUUCCUGUACAGCCUUUACGUCUGGAAUGAUAGCAUUUUUUAGUAAUGCUAAUUAAACUGUGGAACAUUUUAUUGCUGGAAAACAUAAUGUCAUCUCUUAAUCCUGUCGAUUCUGAGAGCUAAUUUUGCACAUGAUUGGAAGUGGCUGCUUCUAUUUCUAACAGCAACCUUAGAGGAGUUAUCUAGGGACACAACAUUUUUUGCGUAUGGGGGUGUGUUAAAAAGUCAUACUUUCCUUCUCCAAUCCCCCCGCAGCUGCUGUUCCAACACCUCCCUGUCCUCGCUCAUUACCACUGCUUCCUGGUUCUAUUGCUUAGUUGUCUCAGAACUGUCUUCUCAGCCAAACACUGACAUAGCGUUGUCCCACCUCAUACAGUCCUGCUGUAACUCCUUACGGGAGCCAGGAAGUAGCAAUGACAAGCAAAGACCAAGAGGUGUGGACACAACAGCUGAAGGGGAAUGGGGUGGGGUAGUAUGACUUAUUUUAUUUUUAACACUCCCCCAGCCAUAUGUAAAAAAAUAUUAUGUCCUCGGACAACCCCUUUUAAAGAGGUAUUCCCAAUUUGAACAUUUACAGCAUAUCCACAGGACAAGCCAUGAAUGUCAUAUCAAUGCAAGUCUGACUUCUUGGACCCACCCAAGUGGAGAAUAGAAAUCCCCUACCUACCCGGUGAGGCUGCAGCUGCAUAUAAUGGGGAAAAAGCAGCACAAGCAUGUGUGUGCAAUAGGGGACCCCUGUUUUCAGAAUAGGUGUGGGCCUCCGUGGAAAGAGCCACAUCCAUCAGAUGUUUAUGGCACAUCCUGUGAGGAUGCUAUAAAUUUCCCAGUUGGAAAGUACCUCUUUAAGACUUGGCACAAAAUGCAAAGGUUGCAGUAAGGUGCAAUGGAGUUAAAUAAUGCAACUGCAACUGGAAUAUGAUUUGGCAAUGGUGUAGAAUUAGUUUGUGCAUUUCAUUUUAUGAAAUCUCAUGAUUUAGAAAUAUCGGAGUCUUGCGUUUUUCUGGCCUUCAGUUUAUAAUAGGUCUAUUGUAUUGUAUCUAUUAAGAUUAGGAUUAUCAUUUUUAUCCUAGAACUAUGAUGGACAACAAAAUAGCCAGCAUAUAUAGAAAUGAUGAACCACUAGUUCAUAGUCAUUCUGUAACUUCAUAUUUAGUAGGAUGCACAGCUGGAGAUAUUGUCUGGGCCGUAUCUUAUGGCUAGUGACACUUUGUUGGAGAACAUGGAGAGACUGUUUCUUAUUACCACUAUAGAGCAUCUUUAGUGAUUUGCAUAUGUGUGCAUAGAAUCUGGAUUUCUUUUGUCUCCAUCUAUAUUACUUGGGAAAUCAUCGAAAGCCAAACCAACCUCAUGUAUCACCAAAUGCCAAUGUGGACAAAGUCUUAAAAAGAACCACUGACUCUCAUAGUGCCUUCGCAUUAUGUGUUGACAAAAUUGUUUCCUUUCACCAUGAUAAAAUAUUGACAUUAUAUAUAGUUUGGAGUGGCACUCUACUUACCUUUUAGAACAAGAGGUGUUAAUUUCUGAAAUUUACAUUGUACAUUCACAUUCUUUUAACUACACAUGAACUGAAUGCCCGUGACACGUUGUAAAGGGAAGCAUUGUUUAAAUACAGAUGAUAAACCAUUCAUGAAAAAUUGGUGAUUUAAAAAUCUGUUCUUUAGAAUCUAAUGGAUUCCAGUGAAAUAAUACUCGCUGCCAGUAAAGAAGAAAUUCUUCCCAACCCGGUGGGGAGCAUGAUAUAGAGAAUCGUUUGGAAAUGACCAAUUUUUCUAGGAUAAUUGACUAAUGUGUGCAGGCCUUAAGUCAACUUUUAUUUAUUUAAAUGUAUAAACUUAAACUGACAUUAUCAAUUAAAACUGGAAUUAUGUUAACAUGCAUCUGGCUGUAUGAUGGGUUACCAUCAUCAUUGACCAUAUUUAUCAAAACUGACCUGUUGCCCGUAGCAGCCAGUCACAGAUCAGCUUAAUAUUUUUACACUGCUCUGGAAAAAUAAGCUGCACUGUCAUUAGGUACUUUGGGGCCCCAGGGCCCAUUUUCUGAUAUAUUACUAUUAUUUUUUUAUAUAUAAAUAAUAAGAUGUCUGAUCAUGGGGGUCCCACCGCUGAGGGCAUCAACUGCAUCAAGAACACAGAAGCUUGGAGCUUCCGUGGUCGUGACGUUACCCCACGCCCCUGAUUCACGUCUAUGGGAGGGGGCAUGACGACUAGUACAUAGCUGUCACGCCUCCUACCGUAGACAUGAAUAGAGGGUACAUGGCGGCUGUGAUCGCCAGUCAUCCGGCACUGAGCGCUAAACUGGAUAACAUGUUUCGCAGUGGAGUACCCCUUUAAGGGGAUGUUUGGGAAAACAAAAAUUUGCUCAACAGCUGGGGUAAUGUAAAAAUAAUAAACAGCCUGUACCUCCUCCUGCUGGUCUCCACUUCUUGGUUGUGUGUUGUCCCGACCUUACAGGACCUGCCUGCUCAGCCAGUCGGUCACUGAGGCAGAACAUCACUGCAGGUCCUGUGGGAUUGGGUUACACAGAACCCAGAAGAAGCCAAGGCCAGCAGAGAACAAAGCAUGUUGGCAUGGCAUCUGCAGGCAUAGCUUGUUUAUUAAUUUUACCAUGGCCAUCGAGCUCAUUUUUGUUUCACCUGUAUAACCUCUUUAAAAUCUGAGAAAAAUAUAUUACAUCAUUUGUGAUAUUUUAACCAUCAUUCUGCCAACAAUCAUUUAAUUCAGACAAACCCUUUAAAGAAGUACUCCGGUGCGCACUUUUUUCCUUUUAUCCCGUCCAGGCUGC